UGAAUUGUGAUUUCCAUAUUCAUGUGGUUAUUAUCAUAUCUGCUUAUUAUGCAGUCACGCACUCGACCAUAAAACAGCGAGUAGACGCUGAGUGUACCCCAUGUAAACACAUCAGAGCACUGGCCUAAAAGAACAGUGAAGGACAGUAAGGGAGAGUAUGAAAUCUAGAGGCCCACUAUCAUGAUCCAGAAGCUCAAAAAACUGUUCUCUGCGCUUCUUGGCUUCUCAGUCGUGCUUCUCGCAGUUCAGACGUUCUAUCCAGACGAAUUCGAUUUUAUAACGGACUACUGGGAUGGUAACUAUACAGAGGAGAGUCAAUUUAAAGUCUCGGGAGCACUACGCUGUGAUGGCAACUGGGUGCACACAUACAAACAGCUCCAUGAGCAGACCUUGAAGUCGUCCAAAAGAGAGCGCAAGUACUUGGUGUACUACUGUAAAGGCCAUUCUGCGGGGUGUGGGGGUUACGGGAAUAGAAUGAUGGGCAUCAUAUCUACAUUCUAUCUCGCAGUGUUGACGAAUAGAACGUUUCUGAUCCAUUGGGGCGGCCCGGAGAAGUUUGAUCAGUAUUUCAAACCCAACAUGAUUGACUGGACGUUUGAUGAGCGCAGGUAUAAGGGUUUGAGAUCGAGGGAUAACAGAUGGGGUCUUGAGAAUCAUCCCGGCUACGAGCGGCAAGUGAUUCUACGACAGAAAAAUUUUCUCAAGUGGGCAGAGAACACGAACAUCGAGGGGUACCUAAAUGAACCCGUAGAAAGAAUAUCCACAAUCUGGUAUUUCGCGCCGCAGAUAUGGAAUAACCCAUUCUUAAAGAAGCGCGCUAAAGAAGUUGGGUUGCCUUUGCCACGGAAAGAUUACCCUUAUGGUAUGAUUGGGUGUGCUAUGAAGUUUUUGUUCAAGAAGUCGAGGUACUUAGUGAAGGCGUUUAGGAAGGCUAAGCAAGCAUUAGACUCAAGAGAACGGCCUUUCAUAGGGAUUCACAUAAGAACUAGUGAUCACCAUUUCGGAAUCAAUAACAAAGAUAGUUUUAGAACGCGCGAGCCAAGGGCAGUAUUCGCCUGUGCUCAACGAAUAGAGAAUGCCCUGAAGAGAAAAAAUCAUUUACUAAAAGGUAAAACGUUCACUUGGUUUCUUGCGGCGGAUGAUAAAAAUGUCAAACUUGAAGCCCUGAGGAGGUAUCCUUCGAAUGUCGUCACGCUGGACAUUAAUCCUAAUCACAUGGAAUACACUUCGCGGUACAAGGAUGUGUUCCGUGACUUGUUGCUGGACCAGUUGUUGCUGUUAGAGUGCGAUUUCUUCGUUCCUACGCGGGACAGCACGUUCAGCUACAUGGUGAUAGGAACCAGGCACUUUCCACACACUAGCUUGGUGUUUGGAGAGAAAUGUAACUUGAACGAGAGGGAGGUAUCGUUAAGUGCUCCUCUCUAUAGCCACAUCACUAAUUAAUGGAAUAAACACUAUGUUUUAAAUGUAGAGAUAGCAAUGACACUCAGAUGUCGAAGGCUCCAUUGCUGCUCUGUUCGAUGAGUCGUAGCACUGUGCAGCUAUACUUUACAACAUUAACGUAUUUAAGAAUCUAUCGGUCAAUAGAAAGCUGUUAUCUAUUAUAUGUUAUAUAUUGGGGUCACGGUAUAGAAUCAUUAUAAAAAAAAUUGGGCACGGA